AUGGGGUUUGGAGGCAAUCAAUUCACAUGGAAAAGAGGUAGAGAAGAAAGGUUUUUCGUGGCGAAGAGGUUGGACCGGAUUUUGUGUUGUGCGCAUACAAGGUUGAAAUGGCAGGAGGCAACGGUGACGCAUUUACCGUUCUUCUCAUCCGAUCAUUCAGCUAUGUAUUUGCAGUUGGCUCCUAAAGUAAAUGGAAAUGCGGGAAGAAGACCUUUCCGGUUCGAGGCAGCCUGGUUGAGUCAUCCCAGUUUUAAGGAGCUUCUCGUGGCAUCAUGGGAUGCACAUAUUGAUACGAGAAGAGCACUUGGGAAGUUGGAGGUUGUCCUGCGAAAGUGGAAUAGAGAGGUGUUUGGGGACGUGCAGAGACGGAAGGAAAGCUUAGUCAGGGAAAUAAAAGAGGUUCAAGAUGAGCUUGAGCACCGUCAAUCAGAUGCAUUGAUACAGAGGGAAGCUGAGCUAGUGCAAGAGUUUGACAUUGUUCUCGAGCAGGAAGAAACGAUCUGGUUCCAAAAAUCUAGAGAGAAAUGGGUAGCCCAUGGAGAUAGAAACACCACCUUCUUCCAUGCUUCUACCAUUGUACGCCGAAGAAGGAACAGAAUCGAGAUGCUUAAAAACGAGGAAGGCAUAUGGUUGUCUAGUACACCGGAGUUAGAGAAACUUGCGAUAGACUACUUUCAGCGCUUGUAUUCGAUGGAUGACGUAGAUGAGGUUGUGGAAGCACUACCAAUGGAUGGGUUCACGGAGUUGAAUAAUGAAGAUAUCAGAGGCUUGGAGAAGACGUUCACAGAGGAAGAGAUAGUUACAGCGGUCAGGUCUAUGGGACGCUUCAAGGCACCGGGACCAGAUGGGUAUCAGCCGGUCUUUUACCAACAGUGUUGGAUGGAAGUUGGCGACUCGGUCACGCGCUUCGUUCUUGAGUUUUUCCGCACAGGUGAGUUACCUCAAGACACGAAUGAUGCGAUAGUCGUCUUACUAGCCAAAGUCGCGAGUCCGGAGAAGAUACAGCAGUUCCGACCGAUAAGUCUGUGCAAUGUUCUAUUCAAGAUCAUUACGAAGACAAUGGUGGGGAGGAUGAAGCGGGUCAUGACGAAGUUGAUUGGACCAGCACAAUCGAGUUUCAUACCAGGGAGACUGAGUACGGAUAAUGUGGUGAUUGUACAAGAGGCGGUACACUCCAUGAGGCAGAAGAAAGGUAAGAAAGGUUGGAUGUUACUCAAAUUGGAUCUAGAAAAGGCGUAUGAUAGAAUCCGUUGGGACUUUCUGGAGAACACUCUUCACGCAGCGAAUCUUCCAGAGAAGUGGGUUAAAUGGAUCAUGCAGUGUGUGUCUGGUCCCUCUAUGAGUUUGUUGUGGAAUGGAGAAAAAACUGAGUCUUUCAAGCCGCUCCGAGGGUUGCGUCAAGGAGAUCCCCUGUCCCCGUAUCUCUUUGUCAUGUGUAUGGAGAGGCUAUGUCACUUAAUAGAGCGGAGUAUAGAUGAGAAGGAGUGGAAACGAAUCAGUCUAUCACGAGGAGGGCCUAAGCUAUCACACAUAUGCUUCGCGGAUGACUUGAUUCUAUUUGCAGAGGCAUCUGUGGGACAGAUUCGAGUAAUACGCCGGGUCCUUGAGAAAUUCUGUAAAGCGUCGGGUCAGAAAGUAAGUCUAGACAAGUCCAAGAUAUUCUUCUCAGAGAACGUUUCCCGGGAGUUAUGCAGUGCGAUCAGUGCUGAGAGUGGCAUUCAGGCGACAAGAGAGCUGGGGAGAUAUUUGGGAAUGCCUAUCCUUCAAAAGAGGAUUAAUAAGGAAACCUUCGGCUCUGUACUAGAACGAGUCUCAUCGAAGUUAGCUAGUUGGAAGGGGAGGAUGUUGAGUCUGGCAGGUCGGAUUACGCUGACAAAAGCAGUGAUUAGCUCAGUUCCCGUACAUACAAUGAGCUCCAUUAAGCUACCAGAAUCAAUGGUAAAGAGCUUAGACAGAGUUUCCAGGGACUUUGUGUGGGGCUCUACGCUGGAGAAGAGGAAACAACAUUUGGUUGGAUGGGAUAGGAUUUGCUUACCAAAAUCUGAAGGAGGCCUAGGAAUCCGAAAAUCUGGUGCUAUGAACAUGGCGUUAGUCGCGAAAGUGGGAUGGAGAGUAUUACACGACACUACGAGUCUUUGGGCACGAGUGCUCCGUGGUAAAUACAAGAUAGGGGAUAUCCGUGAUGCGAGAUGGACGGAAGUGAAAGGCACAUGGUCCUCGACAUGGCGAAGUAUUGCUGCAGGGAUACGAUUGGUGAUCAAACCGGCGCACGGAUGGGUUGUCGGAGAUGGAAGGGAUAUCAGAUUCUGGACAGACAGGUGGCUACUUGGGGAGCCGUUGAUUGACUCGGUAAUUGCAGAGGUCCCGGAGGUAUUUAAAAAUAUGACGCUGAGGGACUUAUGGAUAGAUGGCACGGGUUGGGACUUACUGAGGAUUGCGCCGUUUGUGACAUUAGAAAAGCGUCUUGAAAUGUCAGUGGUGGUGGUGAAUACGAUAACGGGCAGGAGAGAUAGGUUAUCAUGGCCCGAGACAAGUGAUGAUCGUUUUACGGUGGCGUCUGUUUAUAGAUUCUUGACACGGGAUGGGAGUUUCAAACCGGAUAUGGAUCUGUUCUUCAAGAAGAUUUGGCGAGUCUCAGCACCAGAGAGGAUACGGGUCUUCCUGUGGCUAGUAGGGAACCAGGAGAUUAUGACGAACAAGGAGCGCUUUCGUCGCCACAUUGGAGAUACGGAAAUUUGUCAGGUUUGUAAGAGUGGUGUGGAAUCUAUUAUCCAUGUACUUCGGGAUUGUCCGGCGAUGCAAGGGAUAUGGAGGCGCAUUGUUCCACAUGCGAACUUACAAACUUUCUUUGACAUGUCGCUGUUUGAAUGGCUAUUUGUGAAUAUGAGCAACGACAUUGAGGUGGCAGGAAGGGUCUGGUCCACGAUGUUUUCUGUAGGUGUGUGGUGGGCCUGGAAAUGGAGAUGUGGUAACGUAUUUGGAGAGACUAUGCUUUGGAGAGACAAAGUAAAAUUUGUCAAGGAUUACGCGACAGAAGUGCAACGAAGCAUGGUGGCGAGUAGCACGACUGGAGCUGUAAACAGGGAGGAGCGGAUGAUCUCGUGGAUGCCUCCACUGGUCGGAUGGACAAAGCUCAAUACAGAUGGAGCUUCUCAUGGCAACCCAAGGUCAGCAACGGCUGGAGGUGUUCUUCGGGACGGGGAAGCAAAGUGGUGUGGUGGUUUCGCCCUCAACAUUGGUCGAUGCACUGCUCCUAUGGCAGAGUUAUGGGGUCUCUACUACGGUCUCUGUAUCGCUUGGGAGAAAGUGAUCGAGAGACUCAAUGUGGAGGUGGACUCCUCAAUGGUGGUGGGAUUCAUGAAGACAGGGAUUUCUGAUACACAUCCAUUGUCAUUCCUGGUGCAUUUGUGCCAAGGCUUACUUUCGAAGGACUGGGAGGUCCGUAUUUCAUAUGUGUAUAGGGAGGCUAAUCGUCUAGCAGAUGGAUUAGCAAACUAUGCCUUUUCUUUGUCUUUAGGUUUGCAUACUUUUGAUGUUGUUCCUCCGGACUUAUUGUCGGUUAUUCGAGAAGACGAGUUUGGACUCUCGCACUCACGGUACGUCCGUGUGUAA